ACCAAACCUUUGGAACUCGCAAAAUCCACACGACCGAACCCUUCAACCUCACCUGUCGACAAACCGCGCUACCGUCUUGACCGCGCAACCCCCGUCAAGAUGAAGCUCAACAUUUCCUACCCGGCCAAUGGGUCGCAGAAGAUCGUCGAGGUCGAAGACGAGCGCAAGCUGCGCCCCUUCAUGGAGAAGCGCAUGGGCACCGAAGUUGUCGGUGACUCCCUCGGCGACGAGUUCAAGGGUUACCUGUUCAAGAUCACCGGUGGUAACGAUAAGCAAGGUUUCCCCAUGAAGCAGGGUGUUCUCCUCCCCACCCGUACCCGUCUGCUCCUCGCCGACGGCCACAGCUGCUACCGCCCCCGCCGCACUGGUGAGCGCAAGCGCAAGUCCGUCCGUGGUGCUAUCACCGGUCUGGAUCUCUCCGUCCUUGCCCUCUCCAUCCUCAAGCAGGGUGAUGAGGAGCUCCCCGGCCUGACCGACACCGUCGUCCCCAAGCGCCUGGGUCCCAAGCGUGCCACCAAGAUCCGCAGCUUCUUCGGUCUUGACAAGAAGGACGAUGUCCGCAAGUUCGUCAUCCGCCGUACCGUCACCAAGGAGGGCAAGCAGGACUACACCAAGGCCCCCAAGAUCCAGCGUCUGGUUACUCCCCAGCGUUUGCAGCGCAAGCGUCACCGCAUUGCCAUCAAGCGCCGCGCCGCUGAGGCCGGCCGUGAGGCUGCCAACGACUACGCCAAGCUCCUGGCCAACCGUGUCCACGAGGAGAAGGCCAAGCGUGAUGAGGUCCGCAAGCGCCGGGCUUCUUCUAUGCGGAAGUAA